AGUAAAAAUAACUUGUACUUGAUUCGGGCUCAUUUAUGCGCCGAGCUGGACCUUAUAAAUUUUUCGUUUUUUUGUUUUUAUUUUUUAGCCGAUUGAUUGUUGCGCCUUCCUGCAGUCUCAACGUUUUACCCAUUUCGCCUGAUCCCCUUUUUCCGUGCAUCCUUUUUUAUUCGUAGCUCUCUGCACAACCCUCUUUCUUUAUUCCAGAUAGCAUCAAGCACAUGAAGAAGAGAAGAGCAACAAUGGAGGCAGUAGAAAGAUCCCAUCCACACCCAAGCAGGAGCUCCUCCGGCGGCGCCGGCGACUUCUUCAUCUGCUUCAGUGCCAGGCCUUCUUCCUCAUCAGCCACAUCCGCUGCCACCACCAAGCGCGUCCCCUCUACCAAAGCGCUCAUGAGCCCUGGCCGAUGCCGCGACUCCUCGUCGGCACCGGCGCUCUCUGCCUCCCUCAGCCGCCGCCUCCGUAGUAGCGGCAGUGUCAAGGGCGGCCAGUCUCCCAUGUUCCCCUCAGGUGUGCCACUCGCAGGAAGGAAGAAAGGUUGCGCCUUUGAGGCUGCCGAGCCCUCCUCGCCUAAAGUCACCUGCAUCGGGCAAGUUCGCGUCAAGGCCAAGAAGAAGGUGAAGUCGACAGCAAUGGCGAGGUCGAGGUCGAAGAGAGGAAGAGAUUGCUGCCCUGGGAGGAACCAGAGUUGGGUUCAUCAGCUUCCGCUCAGCAUCUGCGAGGCGUUGAGAGGUAUUGGUUCCGAUUUCAACUGCUUUGUUCCUUGUGGAGCUAGAACAGGGAAGGAGAAGGGGAUAGGAGAGACGAGGAUGGUGAGGUCGGCGAGCUCGAGUUCAUGCGGAGCAGUAGUGGCAAAGUGGUUGUUGGCGGUUCAGGAGAACGAAGAGGAGGUGAAGGGAGGGGAGAAGGUGGAGGUUGGGUUGUUGGUAAGGGAUGAGGAGAAGGUGGAGAUCGGAGAAAUGGGAAACAUGGGAGGGGAGAGAGGAGAAAUUUUGGUUGUGGGUGAUAAGGGAGAAGGUGAAGAGGAGGCGGCAGCGGCGAGGGUUAGUGUCUGUAUUCCACCGAGGAAUGCUUUGUUAUUGAUGAGAUGUAGGUCAGAUCCAGUGAAAAUGGCAGCUCUGGCAAACAGGUUCUGGGGAUCUCCGGUUACCAGGCCUCCAUGUGAAGAAGAGCAGGAGGAGGAAGAAGAUAAUGAAGUGGAAGAAGAGGUGGAAAGGCAUGGUAGCAAGCAGAAAAUGGAAGAAGAUGGUGAAAAGCCGUUGGUGGAGAAGGAAGAAGUCGACACUGUUGAAGCUCCUGGAGUAGCAGGGGAGUUAGAGGAAGAAGAGGUUGACUGCAGAAAGGCCACUGAAGAAGAAAAUAGGCUAAUAGUGGAGGAGGAGCAACUGAUAGAUGAAAAUGGUAUCACAAGAGAAGAGUUUUCAUGUGGAUCUCCGUAUGUCUUGGAGGUAAAUCCCCCAGAAGAUGAAGAAAAAGAAAUAGUAAAUGGAGAGCGAAAUCAAGAGAAGAAAGCAGUAGGAAACAAAUUCCUUUCAUUUAAGGAGAGGGAAGAGAGAGCAGACGGAAUAAAAGUCUCGGAAGAAAGAAGAUUUGGAACUAUGAAAGCUUCCAGAUCUAAGGAGAGAGGGAGGAGGCGCUGGAAGGAGAAGGAUACCAGACGGCACAGUUUCUCAUCUGAACUCGACGCAAGAAGGCACAGCUUCUCAUCAGAUAGAGAAGCAAAGAGAGCAAGUUUCUCCAUUGACAGAGGGAGGAGGUGGAGCUUCUCCUUAGAAAAGGCUGACUUGGAGCCAAGCGAUCAUAUAAAAUCUCUCACUUUUUCGGCUACAGAAGCUUCUCCCGAAGAAGAGAAGAAGAAAGAAGUAACACCAGAAGAAGAAGAAGAAGAGACGGAAGCCGCUGGAGAAGCAGAAAGCGGAAAGCUAGCGACUGCUGAGGAAAAACAUAAAGCAGAGGUCGAAGAAGAGAAGAAGGGCGAAGCUGGGGAAUGGACUGAGCUUCCCGACUGCUUAUUGAUGAUGAUGUACGAGCCUAAGCUCUCCAUGGAGGUCUCCAAAGAGACUUGGGUCUGCAGCAACGACUUCGUCCGGUGGCGCCCUCAACAGACACGCAACCGCAUACCUUCGAAGCCCGCCGCCGUCGGCGAAUCCGCUGACGUCAAUGCCGCUCCUCUACCGCCGGAACCCCAGGCGGCGGAAUCGGCGGCAACGGUCGUUUUGGUCGCUCCGAGGCCGGAUCCAUCGAAAUCCACGGCCGUUCAGCAUAAGCUAUUGGCACGUCCGGCGGCCGUGGCGCCGUACGAACCGAUGGUCCUUACGAGGUGCAAGUCGGAGCCAGUUAGGUCGUCAGCGAGGCUGGCCCCUGACGCCUGCUUCUGGAAAGACCGCCAUCGGCCCAUUGGAGCAGCCGGAAUCGGCUUCUGAUGCCGGGAGCGGCCGCCGUCCACCGGCCUUGUCCGUAAUCUGUGGACUCGUAACCGUAGUUGUUUUGUUUGUUUGAUUCUGCGUUGGCGUUUUGGCUUUUGCGGUUUAGAACUCGGUAUACUUUCUUUUUCCUAAUUUUUACUUUCUUGUGAACGGGUGGGGCUUGUAUAAUAAUUAAAACAAAUAAUUUAAAUUGUCGUUUUCUAGA